GCCCUGCCCGAUAGCUCACCCCACCACGCCGCCUUCGAGCAAUCCCACCGCGCGUUUCCUGACCCAAACGCCGCCGGCCGCAGGAUCCGGUCUCCUUCGCCCCACGACUGCGACACUUCGUGGUGUCAGUCAAACAAUCCCGAGCAGACUGACAUGGCUUCGGUCCAGAAGGCAGUGGUGUCGAAGCGAAGCAGCAGGCUGUACGUCGAAGACGGCAUGGACAAAGGAACAGAAGAAUACCAACCCAAACGGAAUGGCGGAUGCGAAGAGACCGAGGUCGAAGGGUGGGACAAACAAAGCUCAUCCUCCACGACGACAAGGCAUGCCAGCCAAUCGAGCCUUGAGUCGUCGCCGAUUGUCCAGCCCACAAGUGGAAUACAAGUGGUAGACAAUCUGGUAUUAGGCGGCUUAGGACGACGCAGAAGCGAUUCCGAACUCCGAGAGGCAUUCCACCCACCGCUCGCGAACCAGCAUCCCGCCUUUUCGGCGUACGAGCUGGAGCAGAGCCUCCCGGCCGAAGGCCGACCGCGCAACUUUGGUGUUGUGGUGCCGGGUGUCUAUCGGAGCAGCUUUCCGCAGUCGGAGGACUAUGCAUUUCUCGAGGGCUUGAAGCUCAAGACCAUUGUCACAUUGGUACGGAAGGACUUCCCUGAGGGAUACGAUGCCUUUCUUCAGAAGAACGGUAUCAGGCACUGCGUGUUCGACAUGCAGGGUACGAAGAAGCAAGAUAUUCCGCUCCAGACCAUGAAGUCCAUUCUUCGUCUGGUCCUCGACCGGCGCAAUCACCCUCUCCUUGUGCACUGCAACCACGGCAAGCACCGGACUGGCUGUGUCAUCGGUAUCGUGCGCAAACUGUCAGGCUGGGAUGUCAAUUCCAUCGUCAGCGAGUACAAGACGUACGCCAAUCCGAAGGCGCGCGACUGUGAUAUUAAGUAUAUCACGGGCUUUGAGCUGGCCAACAUCUCGAACCUGUUUCGAGAAGCUAGUUGGCCCUUUCGUACCGCCGGCUUCCUGCGCGCAAGCCUCUUCGCCCUUAUCAUGGUCGUCGUCUGGCUCACCUCGAGCACCAGGAUUACCAAGGCUAGGACUGGACCGGCGUCGGAGCGCCACUUGCUAGGUGAAUCGCUGCCCAUUGGGCUGUGAAUCUCGACACACUCCCGGCACCCGGCAUUCACCGCACCUAUUUGCCUAUACGGCUUCAUUCGGAUACCGCUACGUCAUCCCUUCCACUGGAAAGAACAACCGCGGUCCCCUGUAUCAUAUCAAUUCCAUCAGCUCUUCAGUUAUUGGGGACGAAGUUCAGGGACCAACCACACCAAUCUUUACCAGACCGGUGCGCCCCGCCGCGUCCCCCGCCUUCAGGAACCGG